GGCGGCCGGCUCUGCUCGCGGACACGUCUCUGAGGCGGAGGGAGGAGAGGUCGUCGGGAGGGACGCGCGGCGAGGAGAGCGCGGGCGCCCGGCCAUGAACCGACGUCAACAUCCCGUUGCCAGGAGUUGGAGCUAAUGCAAAGUGGGAGUUCCUGGAGCAGUGCUGUGCUGGACCAGGGGGAAAAAUUCCCUUCCUCCGCUUGACAGUCUGCUGUUGGCGGUGCUGCUCUUUUCUACCUCAAGCAGAACAGAAGGAAGGCUCUGCCCAGCAUCCCCAGCUGUCUCCAGUGCCUCGCCAGUCCCGCCACGAUGUCUGCCGAUCACCACAUGAUGCACAUGGGCCACAAUACAACCGGCGCAGCCGUGCCCACCUCGGAUCCUCACGCGCACCACCACACCACGCCAGGGCACAUGCAUGGCGGAGGGAUGAUGAUGAUGCAAAUGACCUUCUACUUCGGCUAUAAGGAUGUGCCAUUGCUGUUUUCGGGGCUCGUCAUCAACACGGCUGGAGAAAUGGUCGGUGCGUUCAUUGCCAUCUUCUUCCUGGCCAUGUUCUACGAGGGUCUGAAGAUUGCCCGCGAGAGCCUCCUCCGGAAGUCACAAGUCAGCAUCCGCUACAACUCUAUGCCUGUCCCAGGACCAAAUGGCACCGUGUUAAUGGAGACACACAAAACCGUCGGGCAGCAGAUGCUGAGCUUCCCGCACCUCUUCCAGACCAUCCUGCACAUCAUCCAGGUGGUGGUCAGCUACUUCCUCAUGCUCAUCUUCAUGACCUACAAUGGCUACCUCUGCAUUGCCGUGGCUGCCGGGGCAGGGAUGGGCUACUUCCUCUUCAGCUGGAAGAAGGCGGUCGUGGUGGACAUCACAGAGCACUGCCAUUAACGCCAGGCAGCGAGUUUACCCUGGCCCUCCCUGAAGCCUUCGAGGACCAGGCUUCGUAGAAACACACUGAGAUAAUCCGUAGGGUGCCCUUCCCACCACGUUCCAUUCCGUUCCUGGGACGGUGCCCGGGCCUCUCACUCCUCUCCCCCCACAUCAUCACCUUCUUCCGAGGAGGGGAGCACCAGAGUGGUGGGACGAGAGCCAACAGCCAGCUUCGAGCAUCCUAACGCAGGAUGAUUGACUUACCGCAUAGAUACAAUUAGCAGGUCUGAUCAUUUUAUUAUUAUUUUUUAGACUGUACCCUGAUUGAAAAUAGUGGGCAAGAAGCCCAGAUAAUGAUUCCAUGUUUGUUUUCAGAAUACUUUCAAGGCUGGAUUUAUGGGCAUGGUCAUUGAAUGGUCCUAAUUUAAUCGGCAGUGGCUGAUCAAAGCUACGGUUGUCGUCAGGCCAGUACUCUCCCUGCUUGGCAGUCAGGGCCUGCGCCAUCUGCACAGAGGCUGCUGGUGCCUUGUUCCCUCAGCAUCUGAAUCUAGCUUUCUACUCCUUUUUCCUUUCCCCUCCUCUGCCCCAAACUGGCCAGUUGUACUAGCCUGGUUCUAGCCCUCUGUGCUUGCCGGCUGGAUGUGCUUUCAGUCCUCAGGCCAGCCAGUCUUGCCUGGCAGGCCUGCUGCUCCCAAACAACCUCAGGGCUGUUCGUGGGCCAUAACUGAUAGGCAGGCCUACGUGAGCAGCCCACAGCUCCGUAGUGCACUGGGCACCAUCCUUCAGUCAUGAAACAUGCAGACCGUAAAGCAACCUUUUAAAAAAGCAGGAGCAGGUACAGCGACAAAAUGAGCACUAGCCCCCUUCUGGCUUGCAGGCAGGAAGAGGCAGCAGGAAAGCAGCUCCAUCGUUUACAUCUAAGCCUAGAACUACCUCGAACAAAGCUGGGGUUGAGGAGACUUAAGCUCUGUCUGUGCCAGCAGUCCAGGCCUCCUUCCAUUCUGAGCUGAAGUCACUGCUUUUCCUGCUACAUCUCUACCUACGUGGGCAGGAAUGACUUGCAAGGAAGUGCCCCGUUUCCUGCAUCAAAAGGCAGGCCAGGGUUCUUCCAUCUCGGCUCGCAGCUGCAACCCUGAAUGGGGCAAGAAACUUUUAAGAAGGUGCUGAUUUCUCCCCUGCUCUGCUGUUACCAGGGCAAAACCAGCAUCUCAGAAGCUGGCAGGAACUCAGAAGUUCCUGAUAUGCUCUAGGAUAGUCUUUCCUGGCCUGUGCUGGGAUUACAGCUCCUGUAAUUUCCUAACUGCACUGGGAAGCCACUCACAAAGAUAACCUGGUUUCAAACAGGAGUGCAGGCUCAUGCCAGGAUAUACGCAGGGCCCUGCAGAAAGAGAGAGGGUGUUGUUCUCUGGAGAAGGCCUGCAGAAAGUAUUCACCCAUUCCCCAAAAGGACUGUGCCCCUUGUACCAUUUCCGCCCCUCCACGAAUUCUGCAAGGGAGAGUGGAGUCGGAACCUUGCUGCUGAAUUCCUCCUACGGUGCUAUUGUGCAAUGCUGCAGUCAUUAUAAAGUGUCAUAAGCUUUAGUUCGUCUGUUCUACCCACCCUCAAGUCUGCCAGAAGCAUAAACAGCAAGUGUCAGCCAGUGACCCAAAAUACAAGGGGAGAACAUGGGGAAAGAAACCUGCCAGCAGGGUUAGUUUCAUGCAAGAGAGUAGUUUUGCAGCAGGGAAGAAAAGAGGGCUAGGGCUGGCACUGAAGGUUUGCACAACCAGGCACCUAGGAGGCGGCACAGGCCGCCCCCCCCCCCCCCCAGAUGGACUUCUCUUCCUCCUUGCACCCUGCUUGGGCAGCUCCCUCUGGGCCCGGCAACAGAGUGGGCAAGAAAGAGCAGCUGCAGCCAUGGGCUCUUUCCCUGUUGGCCGUCAGCCUGUCAAGCAAGCUCCUGAUGAGAAAGAGGAUGAGCAACUGGUGACCUGGGCAGUGUGAAGGCAGGUUCACUGAGGGAGAAGUCCCCUGAGCACGUCUUCCCCAAGGAGCCCCCAGUGCCUGGAGCCAGUCCUGCUGCUAAUGGUCAGCUUCUAAAUGGUGCAUCACUGCCUCCCUCGGCAGCUUUCGAGAUGAGGCGAGACACACUCUCAGAGCAGAUUCCCCUCAACGCAGCUUGUGCUAGCCAAGGCCGUGGGGUUCUGUAGGGAGUUUCUUCAUAAGAAGCCGUGGUUGCAAAACUCGGUGGGAUCUUUGGCACCUCGAAAGCACCCAGAGUUUGCUUUGCUCUGGCUGAUUUUGACAGACAUUGUGUCAACAAGGUUCCAUUCCUUAAGGCAGUUAAAGACAACAGUUGUAUCCUCUUCAAAAAGAUGUUAUGUUCUCCUUCCUUUUGAACACCUGUGCUAAUAAGUAACAGAAGGGCCAAGCAGCACAGCUUUGGAAUCACCAGCACAGAAGCGGAGCAGAGGUGGAAUUGGCACCAGGGCGUCCUGAAUCGAAAGCCGCAUAGCGAUCAGCUUCUUGGGCAGUGCAGCUGAGCUGGUGGUAAAAGCAACCCAGGUGGCUGCUCGGCCUGCCAAAACGCAGGGGCGCCGGCUGCGUUGAUGUCCGAGGAAAAGGAGCGCCUGUCCUCCUGGCAGUGUGUGCAGACAUAGCGCCGCCUUCCUGCCUUUCCCUUUGGCUGGUGGUUCUGGCUUCAGAUGGCGGCUUCUGCAGCCAUACGUAGGCUCUGCUGACAGGGAGACCGAAACGUGGCGAGAGCUGCCUCCUCCCUGCCCAGGUCUGUUCAAGGAGACACAGAGAAAGGCCUCACCACCUGCCUAGCCAAUUGUUCUGGCACACCCUGCACAGGGCUGCAGCCUGAGGGUCUCAUGAGCGCAGCUGGCCCCAGGUUUAGAAAUGCCCCACUAGCUCACCACACAUGACUUCCAAGUGUAGCAUCUGAUCUCCCCGGGGGGGGGGGGCAGGAACAUGCCUCCCCCACGCCCACAUGCAAGGCAUUAAAGGCAGCAGCCCUCCUGUUGCUGCUGUCUAGCAAAGUAUUUCUCAGCCUAUUGCCCCUGAACAUGGAGGUUCUUUUAAGCCAUUAUAGCCAAUGGUGGGGCUCAGCCAGCACAUAUUAGGCAGUCUGGCUCUAUUGGUCCACAUCAGCACAACCUGCAUGGUCGAUGGCUGUGGCUGAUGAAAGUUGUAGUCUGAUGCAGCUGGAAGGCUAGUCCAAUUCCACCGUAAAAUCCAUCAUCAACAACUACCACUGUACCCCAGUGAUACAGUUACACAACUGGUGCCCUCCAGCUUAUUAGAUUACAACUCCCAUAAUGCUCAGUGACUGUGCUGGAGGGGAAUUGGGUGAGUUCCAGUCCACACCCAUCCCGUGGUCACCAACUUGAGCCUCUUUGCCAAGUAAAUCCAAUGUUUUUUUCUCACAUGGAAGGGAUCUGGUUUCUUGUGGCACUCCCCUCUGUGGCCAGAGUAGAGAAAGGUAUAUUUUGUGUUUCAUUAGAUCCUGAAGCUGCCUGCCAAUCUGAUGCUGAAGGGGGGCAAAGUUACUGUCCCCCACAACCCACCUAAAAUAACCUUCAUGAAUCAGGGCCUUGGGGUUUGCACAUAAAUGCCACUGCUGUCAACCAACCAGGAGUUGGAGAACCUGGCUAACCUUUUGCAACUUGUGCUUCCCCUCCAUCCCCACAUCAGUGUCCGUCUACCUCCUGCCCAACUUUGCUUUAGAACAGAAUCAUGGAUGCUGUUGACCUUUAAAGUGCAUCAUUUAUUGUAUUUCGCAGUAUAUGUUAGAUGGAAAGCAAAUAGUUCUCGUUGGGCAGCAGCCACAAUAAAGGUAUUAGGGUGUCCCUACAUGCAGGACAACGGCUCUGGGCCCCCAUUCCACACCCCCUUGACGUCCUUUUGACUGAAUCAGCUCUUCCAGAGGAAAUCAGUUUGCCGUGGAGCAGCUGCAUGUCCCCAGGAAGGACUCGCAACAUUUUGGACUGGCUCUUUGUUUUUGUCAUUCAGCUUUUGGGAAGCUGCCCAGAGAAUAAUCUCAGCCAGAUUAAAAAUAAAACAAACUUGUUGCAAUUCCCUGCGUCCAUUUGCAGAGCUCGCUAUGCUUUCUUCGGCGAGGAUGCCCUCCUCUUGCAUCCAGCAUUGGCACAGAAUGUUGCAGACUUGAUGCUUCAUGGCCGCUGCUCCCAAAACCGCCGCUCCCAACGGCUACAGUCAUUCACCGUGGCCUUUCUGCCUAGUCAGUGCCGCCUGCCACCGUCUCUGUCUCUGUGGUGCAAACAGGCCCUCCAUGCAGCCCACACAGAUGCAUAGAUACAGCUGGCUGGGCAAAUUUGUUACGCUUUCCACAGCAGCCUGCAAGGCCAUCACGAGCUGCUGGCAGUGGGGCGUGCCGGUUUAGCCCCAUCUGCGCCCAAGCGUCUACAGCAGGGAUGGGUGGCUGUGCCCCCUUGGCUGCACUGGCUCCUUCCCUCCAUGCAAUGGCUUCUGCCCACUAGAAAGGGGCUGCAGAGCACUGACCCUCGUGGCGCUCUGUAGGGCCACAAGCUCCCUCUGGCUGCGUGUCCCCAGUGUCACCAGCCAGCUCCCCAAAGGAACACGCGUGAUGCGUGUUCCCAGGCAGCGGAUCUGAAGCAGACCCUGGAGGCAUCCAGCCGAAAGGCUGGACACAGGUAGCGAGCAGCAGUAAUGGAGCCAGCCUUGCUCUGUGAGGGUGCAGCCCUGCGCCUAGCUAGGCAAAAAAGACAAUCCUACAGCUCCCAGCAUCCCCAGCCCUGUUGCAGAUGUAUGUCUCGCCCCGUCCUUGGCAAACUCGCUCUUUCGCUGCACUUCAGGUGGAGGGAGAGACCUCUGCGCUCUACCCAUGUUUUUUGUCUUGAUGCCUGUCUUGUGUAAGAUUGUGGAAGGAAAAAAGUGUUGUCAGCUCUUGCUGUGACCAGUGGCCAAACUUCAUUCCAGCCCACACAGGGCUGAGUUGAUGGUACCAUACUCCACGGCUGUGCUCAAGAAACAAUGGUGCCUUUUAACCUGUGUGCAGAGCGUGUGUCGUCUCUUGCAGUACAGUGCUGCGCUGGCUGUACCUUGAAUCCAUUAUAUUUUAUACAUAUCGAUCAUUCUGUAUGUAUCUAAUAAAACAGAAUCGUAUCUUGCAGAAA